GGCAUUAUUUUUGCGACAAGUCAUCCUCAUUUCAAAGCAAAAACAAAAAAACAAAAAAGAAAAAAGAAAAAAGAAAAGAAAGAAGCCCUUGUCAUCCCUGAGAGGAGAAGCACGUGCACGCCCAACUCAUUCUUGUUCGAAUCUAUUGCAUUUCAAUACAAACACUUCUUCUUUCUCUUUCUUCUUUUCUGUGUCCACCUUCUCUCCCCCAACGUUUUCUCAGAAGAAACACAAACACACAAACAGAAAUAAAAAGAAAAAGAAAAAAAAGACAGAGAGAGAAGGCCACAUGACGUAGUACAUAGAGAGAGGGAGAAAGAGAGAGAGCGCAGCAGAAAUCCCAAUGCACCCAUACAAUCGGCUACCGAGUAGCGGACAUAACAGCCCAUCGCCGCCGCCUUCGCCGCUCCGCUCCCCCCGGUUCAGACACAGCCGGUCCAAAGCAGGUGGCCGGUUCAACCAGCCGGGUCGGACCCUAAUCCAGCGCAUCGUCUGGCACCUCCUCUCCGUUCUCAUCCGCCGCCAGGGGUUCUUCCUCUUCGCCCCUCUCCUCUACAUCUCCGGCAUGCUCCUCUACAUGGGCUCCGUUUCCUUCGAGGUCGUUCCCGUCAUUUCACAUCGUCCUGCUCCCGGCUCCGUUUACCGCAGUCCCCAACUCUACGCCAAGCUCCGACCCGAAAUGGAUGCCGAUAACUCCUCCGCCGAUGCGAUCUCAACUGUAUGGAAACAUUCCUAUAAAGGUGCUGAAUGGAGACCGUGUGUAAACAAGUCCUCUGGAGGUUUGGCAGAGUCAAAUGGUUAUAUAUACAUUGAGGCAAAUGGUGGUUUAAAUCAGCAGAGGACUUCAAUAUGCAAUGCAGUUGCUGUUGCAGGAUAUCUUAAUGCAACACUUGUAAUUCCCAAUUUUCAUUAUCAUAGCAUCUGGAGAGAUCCAAGUAAAUUCAGAGACAUCUAUGAUGAAGAUUAUUUCAUCAGUAUGUUGGAAAAUGAUGUACGCGUAGUUAACAAGGUUCCUGAAUAUUUAAUGGAACGAUUUGACCACAAUUUAAGCAACGUAUACAACUUCAGAAUAAAAGCAUGGUCUCCCAUUCUGUAUUAUAAGGAUGCAGUUCUCCCAAGGUUACUUGAAGAAAAGGUUAUAAGGAUUUCUCCUUUUGCAAAUCGAUUGUCAUUUGAUUCUCCUCCUGCUGUUCAACGGUUAAGAUGCCUGGCAAAUUAUGAAGCUUUAAGGUUUUCAAGUCCUAUAUUAACUUUGGGAGAAACUUUGGUUGCAAGAAUGAAAGAACGCAGUGCAAAUUAUGGUGGCAAAUAUAUUUCGGUGCAUCUUCGGUUUGAAGAGGACAUGGUUGCAUUCUCUUGUUGUGUUUUUGAUGGUGGAGAGCAAGAAAAUGAAGACCCUGGAGCAAUCAGGAUUAAUGGAAAAUGUCCUCUCACUCCUUUAGAGGUUGGCUUGAUGCUUAGGGGAAUGGGAUUUGAUAAGAACACAUUUAUCUAUUUGGCAUCGGGAAAGAUAUACAAUGCUGAGAAGACAAUGGCCCCAUUACUGGAAAUGUUUCCUAAUUUGCAGACAAAAGAGAUGUUAGCAUCAGAUGAGGAGCUUGCUCCUUUCAAGAAUUUUUCUUCCAGGAUGGCUGCGACAGAUUACACUGUAUGUCUUCACAGUGAGGUAUUUGUGACAACUCAAGGAGGGAACUUUCCCCAUUUUCUCAUGGGACACAGAAGAUACUUGUAUGGUGGACAUUCCAAGACUAUCAGACCCGACAAGCGGAAGUUAGCAUUACUCUUUGAUAAUCCCAAAAUUGGAUGGAAGACUUUCAAGCGUCAACUGCUGGGUAUGAGGUCCCAUGGUGAUUCAAAGGGCUUUGAGCUGAAGAGACCAAAUGACUCAAUAUAUACCUUCCCAUGCCCAGAUUGCAUGUGCCGCUCAAACAAGACAGAGGAUGCAAGAGCAUUGUCCGCUACGUGAUUUUGAAUGAGGACGUUGUGAUGGGUGUUCCCCAUACCCUUGAUUUUGUGAGGACACUUUACUGCUGACCCCCCUUUUGUGUUGCUAUUCUUUCAUUCUUUUUUCUGCCCCUGUCCAGCUAUGGAGAGGGCAUAUACACCAAUUUUGGGGGCUACAAGGAAUUUAUUGGAGGUCACAGUUACCUAAUUAUUUUCCCAGGAUUGGAUCGUGAGGAAGUUGCAUAGUUUUUAUAUGAUGCCAGAAGAGAAGAUAGUGAUACAUCAAUCCUUCUAUCACAGGAGUUUCCCGGGCGUUGACUGAGGCAUUGUUUCAUAUCUGCAGCUGCUGUAUUUAACAAGCUGUGUACUGACAGAUCGCAUUCCUUCACAGCCUGCCUGCUUUUGCCAUGUUUGUAGAUUAGUUAGACUUUGAUCUGCGAGUGCAAAUAGGAUCAGGUUGAAUUUUUUGUACAUUUAUCCAAAGGUCAGGGUACUCAAAUUUCAUUUUU